AAAAGCAAUAAGCAAAAUAUGAAAAAAUAUCUGCUGCAAAAUCUUCAAGAAUGUCACGCUUUUAGUAUGCAUAGUGUGUGCAAAUUUUUCUCCUUCACAACCCCCUAUUUAAACGCCAUCGAAUCCUAUCGAUUAACAACAUAACAGACCUUAUACUUUAUCCAAUCAUGGGCAGCCUAAACACCCAAGAGCCCCAAACCAGCUUUCCUACUUCAAUCAAACCAUUUGAGCCUGAAGAGUUCCGAAAGCACGUUCAUUUAGUCGUCGAUUUCAUCGUCGAACACUACAAAAACAUCGAAAACUACCCCGUCCGGAGCCAGGUCGAGCCCGGUUACCUCUGGAAACGUGUGCCCGAUUCCGCCCCCCACGGGCCUGAGCCCAUGGAGGACAUCCUCCGCGACGUGCGAAACGACAUUGUCCCGGGCCUUAUGCAUUGGCAAAGCCCGAACUUCUUCGGCUACUUUCCGAUCAACAUGAGCUCGGCCGGAUUUCUCGGUGAGAUGCUCUGCACCGCCUUCAACAUCCCGGGAUUCUGCUGGAUCUCCUCACCUGCCUGCACCGAGCUCGAGAACAUCGUGACGGAUUGGGUCGGGAAGAUGCUGCAGCUUCCUCGUGAAUUUUUAUUUUCCGGCGGCGGCGGCGGUGUGAUUCAGGGGACGACUUGUGAGGGGAUCCUCUGCACUGUCGUGGCGGCCCGGGAUAGGAUGUUGCAGAAAAUCGGGCUUGAGAAUAUCACGAAAUUGGUCGUUUACGCCUCCGAUCAGACGCAUUCUUCCUUCCAGAAGGCCUGCCAGAUCGCCGGGAUCCCACGUGCAAAUUUCCGAGCCGUCGGGACCACGGCCCAAAACGCGUUUUCCAUGAGGCCGGACGGGCUUCGGCCCGUGAUUGAGGCCGACGUUAAGGCCGGGCUCGUUCCCCUGUUUCUGUGCCUUACCGUCGGCACGACGUCGUCCACCGCCGUGGACCCGCUCGGCCCGCUGUGUGACGUGGCAAAGGAGUACGGGAUGUGGGUCCACGUCGACGCGGCCUAUGCCGGUAGCGUGUGCAUAUGCCCCGAGUUCCGGCACUUCCUCGACGGCGUCGAGAAGGCGGACUCAUUUAGUUUCAAUCCUCAUAAAUGGUUCUUCACUACAAUGGACAUGUGUUGCCUCUGGGUGAAGGACCCGAGUGCGCUCAACGACGCACUGUCAACGAAUCCUGAGUACUUAAAAAACAAGGCCUCAGAGUUGAAGUGCGUCGUUGAUUACAAGGACUGGCAAAUUUGCCUGAGCCGUAGGUUCCGGUCGCUCAAGCUCUGGAUCGUGCUCCGGACCUACGGAGUGGCAAAUAUGCAGAAUUUCUUACGCCGCCACGUCGGCAUGGCAAAGGAAUUCGAGGGUUUUGUGAGGAAGGACUCGAGAUUCGAGGUGGUGGUGCCUAGAAACUUCUCCACUACAGUUUUCCGCGUUUCACCCAUGGGGACCUAUCCUGACUCGACACGUGUCUUUGGGGACCAGGGGGCGAAUGAGCUGUCCGCGAAGCUGCUGGAGUCGGUCAACGACUCUGGGAAGGUCUUCAUGACGCAUGCCGUGGUCGGGGGCGUGUAUGUGAUCCGGGUCGCGGUCGGGGCGACCUUGACCGAGGACCGGCAUGUGAACCUAGCGUGGGAUGUGGUGCAGGAACACGCGAAUCAGAUUCUGUUCUCUUGAGAUGCAUGGAACCGCAACUUCGGGUUCUCUUCUAUUCAAAAUAAGUUGUGAGAAUUUUGAGUGUUUAAUUUUGUCCAUUUUCUUGUCAAAUAAAACCUCAUUUUGUUAAAGGGUACAUUGAUAUAUAUAUUUUGAUGUACGUUGUAUAUUUAUAUUUCUCAUAUUAUGUUUGAAUUCCAUAUUAUAUAUACUUUGGUUUUCAGUGAUA